GCUCACGGGCGGACAGGUCUUGGGCAAACACUCAUGGCUUUUCCGUGCUGGCGUUUAGCAUGGAAAGUGCUUUAAAAUAAACAAACCAAACCACCAAGCUAUGAAGCUUGUUCUUAAUUUUGAUCCGGCACACGAGCUUUUCAGUGGUUCAGCUUUUCAGACACCGCAGAAGGGCAGAACCUGUUCCUCUGGUCUCACCGCGCACAUUCGCUCUCGACACUCGGGAGAAGUUUUCACGCUGCUAUUUAACUAAAGGUGUAUCUUCCUUCACUGUCGCCGAGGAACAUUUCUUUAAGGGUGAAAGAAAGGGCUUUGGUUUUCAAUUCCGAGUUUUUCAGUGAUACUUAUAAGUCAGCCCAAAAUGCACUGUGAUAUAAUAGGAGCGUUCAACGCCAAGAUUAAUUUUUUUUUUAAAGCGAAAGUUGGCGUGCCGGAGUUUGCAAUUGUGUAACGACUUUGCAUGAAGGAAAGGUUGUGAAACAGUAUCAGGCAUUGAGUCAGAGCAGCUCAGUAAAACAGACUGUUAAGUACGGCUUGGGAGAAGGAAAAUGUGUCAUAAUAGCAGGAAAUUAUGUUGAUUUUUUAUUUUUCUCACUUUUCUAUUCUCUGUGCUAUUUUGUAAGAUGAUUUCUUCCAUUUGUGUCAGCCUCUAGGUAAAAUAUCUGGAAGUGAGCUGCUCAAGUUAGCUGAAAUGUAUGGGCAGUAACAUAGGAGAUAUAUGACAUAUAUGUGACCAUAUCCCAACCCGUGGCUGCCUCUACCUGUAACAAGCAUCAAUGAGAAGAGAUUGAGAGUAAAUGACAAAUUCUCCCGGCAAAAAUCUUGCUCCAGUAUGCACUUCAGUUCCCUGUUCACUGUCUCAAUGGAAGUGGUACCAGCCUGGGCCCCAGCAGUAGGUUUCACACUCCUGCCACAUGCAGGAGGAUUUUUAGGAAGCAGUAUAACCAAAAGGGAAAUCCCAACAUGGUAUCAAACUCUACAGAAGCCAUCCUGGUGUCCACCUAACUGGGUGUUUGCUCCUGUUUGGGGAACUCUCUAUACAUCUAUGGGAUAUGGCUCCUACCUUGUGUGGAAGGAACUGGGGGGCUUCAAUGAAAAGUCAGUGGUUCCUCUGGGUCUGUAUGCAGGGAACCUGGCAUUAAACUGGGCAUGGACUCCAAUAUUUUUUGGAGCUCACAAAAUGGGAUGGGGGUUGGUGACUCUCCUGCUUACAACUGGUACAGCAACAGCUACCACUGCUUCCUGGUACAACAUCAACAAAACAGCAGCUUAUUUGAUGGUUCCUUAUUUAGCUUGGCUAAGCUUGGCUUCUGCACUCAAUUAUCAGAUCUGGAAGGACAAUCGCAACAAGAAAGACUCUGAAUAAGCAGUUUUCAGCCAAAACUAUAUUUUUUCCACAAUAAUUUUUUAUAUAAAGUUAUGGCCUUAGUUUAGUUUUAGCUGAACUACUUCUGCCCUAACUUUGGUAUUUACAAGUUGACAAAACAAAUACAAUUUUACUAUGCAAGCCACAAAGGGGUGUAUGCCUGACUGGGUUUUAUAGCAAACUAAAAGAAAGUCUUGAUUGAAAAGUG